CGUAGGUCCCGGGCUCCAGACUCUCGCCGGAGAUCCUGCCAUGGCUGGCCGUGUCCGCGGGCCCGCGCGCGCCCUGCUCGCCCCGGUGCUGGCGCUGGCAUUGUUGGCGCUGCUGGCACCGCCGGCCCGGGGCCGGGGCGGCCAGGAUCACGGGGACUGGGGCGUGGCCACGCGGAUACCUCCGCUGCCGCCCCGCGAGGACGCGGCGCGCGUGGCGCGCUUCGUGACGCACGUCUGCGACUGGGGCGCGCUGGGCACCAUCUCCACCGUGCAGGCGGUGCGCGGCCGGCCCUUCGCCAACGUCUUCUCGCUGAGCGACGGGCCCCCCGGCGCGGGCAGCGGCGUGCCCUACUUCUACCUGAGCCCGCUGCAGCUCUCCGUGGGUGACCUGCAGGAGAAUCCGCAUGCUACGCUGACAAUGUCUUUGGCACAGACGAACUUCUGCAGGAAACAUGGAUUUGAUCCCCAAAGUCCCCUGUGUGCUCACAUAAUAUUAUCAGGAACCGUUACCAAGGUGAAUGAAACAGAAAUGGAAUUUGCAAAGAAUUCAUUGUUCAUUCGACACCCUGAGAUGAAAACCUGGCCUUCCAGCCACAGUUGGUUCUUUGCUAAGUUGAAUAUAACCAGUAUCUGGGUCCUGGACUACUUUGGUGGAGCAAAAAUAGUGACACCCGAAGAAUACUUUAAUAUUACAUUUCAGUGAAGCAGAAUAUGGCAAAUUUAACCACACGUGACAUUUCUUAGAAUGGCUCGUACAGACUUAAAGGGCUUAAAGCUUCUGUAUGGAAGGUUUCUCAGAUUAGCCAGGUUUCUUUCACAUGCUGGUUGGUUGGUUGCUUGCUUGCUUGUUUACAGAAUCAAGUUGCACUGUUACUGGAUUUCUUGAGGAUGUAGUUGCUAGAUUUAUUUGUUUUUAGUAUUUUGAAGCCGUUUUCUUAGCGAAAUCUUUCAUUUUGAUUAGACAGUUUGGGUCCAUCAAUUCCAAUCAUUUUUCCAACAGUGCUCCUUGAAGAGGGGUCAGAACCAGAUUAAGACUGUCCAUUGGCAUUUGAAGGUACCUGAGUAUGUACCUCAGGUACAUACUCAUGGAUUUAUCUCCAGGAGUAUUCUUUACUCCUGGAAGCCGCUCAGCUCCAGGAGAGAACAUCACUCGUCCAUAGCCGCCUCUAGUGGGAGCCUGAGCCUGGGGCCCAGGGAUUGGCCCAUUUUACAGUGUGCCAAGACAGACAAACAACAAUGAAACACAAAUGGAGCUCCUUCUUCGUGGUUGAUUUAUAUCUAAUGAACGUGGGUAUUGUUGAGCCAACACAGGGCAAAACUAUUUUUUAUAAAGAACUUUAAAAAAAAAAUCUAACAGAGGACGUUCAUAAAACUUUUCCUGAAUUUGGUUUCCCCACCUAAGUAUUUCUUUUCCUGUGUAAUCAGCUCCUCCACACCAAGUCCAUCACACACAUACAUGCACAUGUUAUUGUUUUAGCCCUCAAAUGGGAUCGUGAAAGAAAGCAAAGGAAAAGAAUUUUGGGUAUAUGUUGUUUCUGGUCUUUUAUUGGUAGAGUUAACCCAGACAGGGACCAGCUGCAUCAGGGCCAAAAAUCACCCUCCCCAAACCCCUCUCCGGAGCUUUCUUGGUGCAGCUACUCACAAUUACCAUUAGCCUCCUUGUCUGCUCUAGAGCUUUAAGUGCCUGCUAUGUGGCUACUGCAUAAAUCAGAUCAACAGAAGGAUGAUAAUGUGGUAUUUAAAAAUCACAUUUCUUCAGACGAAAAGAAACUAUCUUAUUACCUAUAUACAUGAUUUCAGAAGGUGAUACAAGAUUCUUGAGUUGUAUCAGGGAUCAAACCACUGAUCCUUAAACGGCCACCAAAGUUAAAUGUGUCAUCAUGUUUGUAAAGUACAAAAAGUAAUUUAACUGAAAUCCAGUAAACUUCUCUUUAUGAAAAAUGAUUUACAUUAAAUUUGGUAAGAUGGGGUUCUUAUUCAAAGCAUCAAAAAUUAAAAGCAUUAUUUUGAUGAAA